AAUAAAUACUACAGUGAAUGAUUAUCACAUUGAAUUAGAAGGGAAGUCAUGUUGAACCAAAACUCAUGAUAAUUAUACUACAGAUGAUUAUUGUUGAAUCCAAUGUCAAUGUCAAUUUAGCAGACAAUGUCGAUGAAAAUAGUUUAAAAGAACCAACAUUUUGGUUAUUACAAGAAGCUGAAAACUAUUUCUAUUUUGAAUGGACUCCAUUUUUUGAAUUAAAAAGUGAUGCAUUAAAACUGAAUUCAAAAAAAUAUGAUAUAACAAGACAAUUAAAAAUUGAUGAAACUGCAUCAAAAUUACAAACUAUUGGUACAGCAUGUAUAAAUGAAGAGUAUACUAUUACAGAUCAUCGUUUACACAUUUAUUUGAUUGAUAGUGUCAAUUCAAAAAGGAAAUUAAAUUAUAAACGUAUUUUUAGAGUGCAAAGUACAACAAUCGGGAUGACAAAUAAAAAGCCCGCAUACAUAACAUGGAAAAUAAACGAAAAAGUUUGCAAUCCAUACGAUGCAAUAGUGAUUUUUAAAAAAGAUUCAACAGGAUUUCAUCGAAUGCAUAUUGUCUCUGUUGAUGAAACAGCAUUUUAUUUUGAUGAAAUAUUACAAGACCAAGAAGAGAUUAUUAUUACAAGUUAUCAUGACAAUAUGUUCGGUUUAUCUGAAUUAGAAAUACGGAAAGAAAUCUGAUAAACCAGAUCGAUCAAUAAAUAUGAACAUUACGAAGAAACGUGUUAUAGAAGAAAACAGUAAUACUGGUCAUUUGAAUACAGCAGGAGCUCACUUCACCUGGAAAAUAAUAGGAAUUGGGAUGAUCUAUCUUGUGAUAUUUAUUUGCAUUUGUAUAUGUAUAUACUUUACAAUCAAACAUUAAAUGAAAUUGGUGUUUCCCACUUAUGCAUGGCAAAAUGUCUUUUUGUACACAAAUGAAUAAAACCAUUGUAUAUAAUUAUAUUAAUCUUGGAUUU